AUGAAGAAACGGGCCGACCUGCAAAAGAAUCUACAAUCUCUUUUUUGCACGGCCAGCGAGAACCGAAUGUCUACGAAGGUUGUUAAUUAUUCGAAAAGGGACCUAACUUCCACUGAAAUAAGCCUCCUGUCUAAGGGGAUAAGAUUCAAUAACACCGAUGCUGCAACUACGGACUUCCUAGCCAACCUUGAAUCCCUCCUUCUGACCUCGGACGUCCCUGAUAACAUGCGUGCGGGCAUUCGCAGUUGCGCCACUGGUCUCAUCCGACAAAGGAAAAAUCAUCAAACCCUUUCGACCGAAGAGAAAAAGACGUUGCGAUCGCUAGAGACAGAUGACAAAAUAGUUAUUAUGUCUGCUGACAAAGGAGGAGCAAUUGUUAUCAUGGAUAAGGUUGACUACGUCAACAAGGCAAACCAAAUCUUCGAUGACAGGGAAACCUAUGCACCACUCGCUGCAGACCCAACGAAAAAGCAAGCCGCGACUAUCAAGAAGAAAGUGAAUAAGCUUGCCCGAUUGAAGCUCAUAAGCCCCGAUGACAGCAGAUCUAUGACCCUCAAUGACCCCCGUAUCGCACGUGCGUACGGCCUUCCAAAGGCGCACAAGACAGAUGCGCCGCUGAGGAGCAUUGUGCCACUUAUUGGAUCCCCUACUUACAACCUUGUCAAGUGGUUAUACAGGCACUUAAAGCACCUCGCAAAUGGAUCGCAAUACAGCAUCCAAAAUUCUCAGGCUUUCCUACAAAAGAUCCAAGGCCUUGAAGUAAGUUCUGACGAAUGCAUCCUAUCGUUCGAUGUUGUUGCCCUAUUUUCGUUAAUACCACAUGACCUAGCAAUGGACAGCGUAGCCCGAUGUCUAGAGCAAAGUCCCAUUGACAUUCCAACAGAACAUGCUCUAGACAUGCUUAAGGUUUGCCUCAAGAAUUAUUGUCAGUUCGAUGGCAAGUACUAUUACCAAGUAAAGGGCACCGUACUGGGCUCCCCCAUAUCGGGGCUGCUUGCUGAACUAGUCUUGCAGCGACUAGAACAGGAUGUUGUGCACACCUUUGAACCAAAAAUGUGGAUCCACUACGUGGACGACACAUUUGUCAUCCUAAAGACCAGGGAAGUUGAGCGAUUGCAUCAGAGCUUAAAUAGCGUCUUCCGCCUAUACAAUUCACCCGCGAAGAAGCAACAGGAGAUACCCUUCCCUACUUAG